AAUAUAUCCCUUUUUUAUUUAAAGUUUUGCCUCCCUACCCAUUAAACCUUUCCUCCUUAGGGUUACUUUUACCUUUCAGAAACGUAUAUUCAAUAUUAUAGGCUUGGAGUUCUUUUGUUUUCCCCCCGAAGAGGUAAAACCCUGGGGGAUUUAAGUAUCUACUUGAUAGGCUCGCACAAUCUUAAUCAGCCUAUAAUGGAGCUAAUGGCUGUUUGUCAUCCUUGGAGAUAUAAAUUUCCUGGUGAUGUCUACUGCAGUCAGUGCAUGAAGUAUGCUCUGACUGCCAGCAAGGUCUAAUAACCAGGAGAAGGGCAGCCAGCUUCAUUAGCGAGAGCGAGACCGUACCGGCUGCUUUUCUGGGGAACUCUGCUUUUUUGAACACCAAGGGGGGAAAUGGAUAAUGCUGUUGAUGGUUUGGAUAAGGCUUCAAUUGCUAACUCGGAUGGACCAGCCCCAGGAUCCCAAACUCCCCCCUUCAAGAGGAAGGGCAAACUCUCCACCAUUGGCAAAAUCUUUAAACCUUGGAAAUGGCGGAAGAAGAAGACUAGUGACAAAUUCAGAGAAACGUCGGCAGUGUUGGAAAGGAAGAUUUCGACAAGACAAAGCAGAGAGGAGCUGAUAAGAAGGGGAGUGCUGAAGGAAAUGCCCGAGCAAGAUGGUGACGUAACAGUAAAUUUUGAAACUUCAAAUGGACACACCAUAGCUGUUGGUGAAGAAACCAUACAGGAAGAAAAUGCGGUAAAAGCCAGUGGAGAUAAUGGUACUUUAUCAGAGAAAGCAUCAGCAUUGGAAGGAAAAAAAGAAGAUCAAAAAGAGAGCACUACCGAUCCCUGCCCAGAAAUACCGGCACCCCAUGCUCCACCACUACCCAAGCCUAAGUCUAAAUCUAAAAAAGCUCCGCUACCACCAAAAAAUGCUAUUGCCGCUUCCACCACCACCAGCCAUAAGAGUAACGAAGCACCUCAUGCUAAAAAAAAGGGAAAGGCUCCUGCUAAGCAGCCUCCUCUCCCACCGCCCAAGCCAACAAGUCACAGUGCAAACCGAGAAGCUGCUAGUUCCUCUCAUGCAAAAAAACCACCAGUCUCCAAGUCCUCUUCAUCACCAUCUCCUUCGUCCACAUCAUCUCAUCCCAAAGCCUCUAAGGAGACUUCCAGCAAAUCGGGCACAUCAGGGACUCCCAGGGGCAAGAAAAAACCUGGGAAACAGUCAGCCCCACGAACAGCGCCGGACGGGGCUGCUGCUUCCCCCUCGGGUGCCACAGCCAACAGGUCGGAAGCAAAGGCAGAAAAACCUGAGCCUCAGCAACCUUCCAUAGUGAUUUCCGAAAUGGAGGACACAGAGCAACCGAGCAAGCUCGUCGUGCCCCCUCCUCCCACUGCUGCUCCUCCUCCACCUCCACUUCCACCUCCUUGUCCCGCUGCGGCCGCUCAGCCCACUGUCUCCUCAGACGCCCAAGAUGUGUCAGACGGCUGUGUGGCAGGGCCAGCUGUCCCCGGAUCAGAUGCUAGACCUCUUCUCCAGACUGAGCAUGGCACAGACGAAAGCCUGAGCAGUACGGCCCCAGACAGCGGCCCGGAUGCUAGUGGAGAAGACACAAAAAGCUUGGCUACCAAAGAAGACCAAGAAGCGGAGGCACCCGACCAGGCUCACUCUGAACCGUCGGAGGAGGCUUCUGACACUGCUGCCCCUCCUGAGAGUGAAAGUAGCCGAGAGAGCCACAGCAGUGACUCAGACUCUGAUGGACCAAUACUGUACACAGAUGAUGAUGAUGACGACGAUGAUGAUAAUGCGAGCGCUGAAAGCUCUUUGGCAAGUAAAAUUCGUCGCAGGGAUACUCUUGCUAUCAAACUUGGCAACAGACCAUCUAAGAAAGAAUUAGAAGACAAAAACAUCUUGCAGCGUACAUCUGAAGAGGAGAGGCAGGAAAUCAGACAUCAGAUUGGAACGAAGCUAGUGAGGAGACUUAGCCAGAGGCCUACAACUGAAGAGCUGGAGCAAAGAAAUAUCCUAAAGCAAAAGAAUGAAGAAGAAGAACAGGAAGCCAAAAGAGAAAUUAAACGUAGACUCAGUAGAAAGCUCAGCCUGAGGCCUACAGUGGCUGAACUUCAAGCAAGAAGAAUCCUUCGAUUUAAUGAGUACGUGGAGGUCACAGAUUCUCCGGAUUACGACCGUCGUGCCGACAAGCCUUGGGCCAGGUUAACUCCCGCAGACAAGGCAGCAAUACGGAAAGAACUGAAUGAAUUUAAAAGCACAGAAAUGGAAGUACAUGAGGAAAGUCGGCAAUUUACCAGGUUUCAUCGUCCAUAACUGUUUGACCGCAUCCCAUAUUUCAUGUAACAAUUUUCUUUGGGGAAAUCAUUGCGUCCUGAUGACCUGAGAUUGCACUGGGACUUGACUGUGUGAGCGUGUGCUACAGCUUACCCUGAGGUUAAUAAAGGAUGUGGCCCUCGUCUUUAUCAACGGACAAAUGAUUUGUCUAGGAGGAGAACCCACAUGAAGUGUUUGUCAUUGUUAAGACAGACAGCGGUUCUGUGGCUAGCCCACACAAACAAGUUGGUGGACUUGUUCAUUGGAGCUCCACAAGUCAGGAAGAGCUGAAGACAAUCGCUUGAGAGCCUGUUACCAGGAUCUCAUCAGACUUCGUAGCGUUGAGACUGAGGGUAACUGAGAGGGGGGAUUGUGAAAAGGACUCAAUUGUCGGUCCACAGAGAAAAGUGGAACGGAUGGGACUGCUUAAUGAUGCACUUGGCCAGUGGUAGGAAGUAUUUUUUUAAAAAAAAAACAGAGUGUGAGCAACUGUGCAUGUAUUUCUUUUGGUGGCCGCAGCCUGUCUUAGAAAGACAGCAAGCCACAAGUCCUCACGUCAUCAUUACUUUAGUGAAGAACUGUAAUUUUCCCUGGUGCCAGUAAAUACAGUUGCCAGAAAUUAGUCCUAGUAUAACUCAGCUGUCUUUUUUAAAAUCCCAAUGAGCAUGCUUCAAGAAAAUACAUUGAACAUCCAUACAGAACAAGUCAUAUGUUUUUUGGUUUUUAAUGUUGACAUACCCUGGAUCCUCAUAAAUACAUAAACAGGAUUUGAAGGACAAAUAACGUGACACUAUGAAUGCAAUGAAAUGCUUCAUGUUUAGAAACACUCCUUGCUGUCUGUCACUUGCCAUUUAAACCAGAGGGAUCAUUAUCUUUCUCACCUAUGGCAGGCAGUGGUGACAACUUCGACAUCAUGCUAGUGUAAAUCCAAAAUCAGAAUUGAAACUAGACAGAAAAGUCUCUACUAGUAGGCUUGAGCAGUGAUUACUAAUGUGACUUUUUAUGUUUAAGGACUCUUGCACUGCUUUGAGGAAGAACUCACAGAUGAAUGAGUAUGUCUUCAGCCAUAGGUCCUGUAAAAGUGAAUGGAAAAUCCUUAGAGUGUCUGCAGCCUGUUUUUGAUGAGCGUGAAGAAUGCUUCAUAGAUUCCUAAUUUUUUAUACUAUCUUGAAAUUGUACAUGUGAAUACAGUACUAUUAAAAUUAAGUGGUAUGGAGUGUGAAAGGCAAUACAUGGUUUUUCUAAGUUGGCCCAAAGGCCUAUUAAAAAGCCUGUGGCGUUGUUUACACUAAGAAAUUCUGUCUUAUAUUAGCACUUAUUUAUCCUUUGAAUUAAUGUACACAACAUUGGGGGGGGGUCUGGAAUUCACAUAUGCAUACAUUUAAUGCAGUAUUACAAUAUAUUUGCUAUUUAUCCUUUCUAAUGUGUGUACAUAUUACAAUUUAUUUUUGUCUUUUAUGUGCCCUGUUUAGUUUUUAAUUAUGAAGUGUAAGUAUUUCUUUUUCAGGCAAUAAAAGAUCUGUGUAGAUGUGAUUUUUACCUCAGAACCUGCAA